UUAAAGCUGUAGCCAUAGAUACGCUCAAGUAAUGAGUCAAAGCGUCCCUCAAAGAACAGAUAAACAAAAUCAUUCAAACAAUAAUCAACACUGCCUGUUUACAAUAAAACGGAACCAACCAACCCAUGUGAAAUCGACAUUUCCGGUCGCUCGAAACUAGCCGCGAAAUGUCAUCACAUAGAAUAGACAGCAUAGCUGUUCACACUCAAGGAUCGCUCUGCGUGCAAUGCAGCUAUAUGCUAGCUUGUGUUCCCGUUGAUUUCGGUGUUCUCCAUUUGGGCUUCCCUGGACUUGGGGUUGAAGUUGAAUUCAUCCGCUCCGCGGAAGCUAAAAAAGAAGGAAACGGUGAUCCUCUGUUUCAACAAACACAUUUAACAACUUCCGUAAAAAAAAAGUAACAGAAGGUAGACAGCAUAAAAAGAAGUAAAACUUUAAAACCAUAAACCACAAGGUCCUUGUAGAGCUGACACAAAACAAGCGAGCGACCGGCGCAAACACAAAAAAAAACCGAUACAAACGGAACACGAUGACGUACAAACGUGUACCAACCUACACCCAAGGUGUUAUAGGGCAGUACACGCCAUUCAUUCCUUAGCAUUCGUUGUACAGAAAUCAAACGCACGAGAGCGCAAGAUAAAAAACAGUGACAAAAGACGGUUACACCACACUGAUAACAAACAAACCCAUACCGAACGCAUGCUACAAAACCACCACACAAACAAAAAAAAACCCUAAAGUAAAAGAAACAUAAAAACAAACUAACAAAUUCUAGCUAUUUACUCUAGUUACCAAUGCAGUCAGUGUACUCUUACCAAGUGUAUAAUCAAUGUUUCUUCUUCAGCAUUUGGGUAUAGGAAUCGCACGAUGGAAAUAAUUGAACAACACGUAUUUAUCAUCCCCAAACGAUCGAGCGUUCGUACGAGCGGUGGUGACCUCCACGCUAGGAAAGUUAGGAAUGGAACUCUUUGCCACUUUGCGGCAUAAUAAACGUGCUCGUACCCUUAAAACCGGGCCUUUCUUUAGCAUAGGGUCCGCCCAAUGCCACCAAAAAAUCUCUCAAUGGCGACUACGACGUAAAGGAAAAAUGAAAAUGAAGUUUACUAAUCAUGCGAACGACAGCACGCAUCUAGUAGACUGUCAAAAGACGAGACACCAGUGAUAGGCUCCAUUCUCGCACUCUGCUUUGAAAUUGGAAUUCGGAAUGCGUUACAGAAAUCAUGCAAAGCUGAAUUUCUGAUAGAAAAAUGUCGAAAAGUCAAAUAUAGCUCCCGUUUUUCAAAUGCACGAUACCUGACCACGCUAUCCUCGCCCCGAUUAUUAUUGCUCGAUUGUACAAAAAAAUGGCACACAGGUGUGCAUGUGGUACACGCGGUACAAGGCACGGACGCACACACAAAAUCAUUUCCUCCUCACUGGAAUAAGACCAUUCGAUGGAAGAAAACAAACGUAGCUAAUUGUAACGACGACGAAAAACUGAUGAUAAAACAAAUUACAGGAUCGAUAUAGAUAAUUGGAUUGAAACUUUGGGUUUCGGAAUACUUUUUAAUAUAAACACUCCGGAUUUAUGGCAUUUUUUGUUGCCCCUUCUCACUAUCCCCCCGUUUCAGAUUCCCUUCCCUGCUGGAUUGGCUAGGAGGCUGAAGCAACAAAAGAAGAAAAAGAAAACGCAAAACAAAAGACUCCGGAAAGGGUCGUACGUGACGUUCUUUUGGGCUGGACACCGCGAGGGAUCCAAGCAAUCCCAUUAACUGACUGACUGACUGACUGACUGAGAGAAAGAGAAAGUAAACGAACGGUUAAAAACGAAUCAAGUGCAAUUCACGAAGGAAGUUAGGGCUAGUAGUUAAUAUUACUAUUCUGCGAACGUCGCGCGUACGCGUUUCAUAGAAAUAAAAUCCAUAAAAUCCGCCGGAGAGCUCCAUGGAGUAGUUCGUUCGAUGACGACGACAGCACAGACUGAUCGGUUUUGCAAAACCAAACGUGGAGGAACCAAGUAACAAACAGAAAUAAAGAAAAGAAACGAAAAACAACGGAACUCUGUGUGACACACAUAAAACACGUAGAAUGAUGAGUAUUUUGGAAAAUCAUAUAUGUAGUAGCACCUGCACAGCAUGCACAUUUGAGAGUAGUGGGUAUUGUGGCGCAAAGAAGGGGUCCUUGCAGCCCAGUGUGAUUGGAUCACCGUUGUAAACCGGGAAUGUGUCACAGAAGCGCAGUCCCAAAUGGUACACUCUUAGCAUCGUGAAUCCAACGACGAUUGUAUACGAAAUAAUUACAACCAAGCGUGUAUUACUGGGGGAGGAGGCGUAGCGUUUGCGAUGCACCUUUCGCGCUCGAGCGGUUUGCGCCUACUUUGCGCUAGCAGUUUCGGUAGGUUUGUCUUUUUUCUAUUAUUCCCCACAUCUUUGACUCCGUACAAAUUCGAUGCGAAAGAGAACGCGCAACCAAAUUAGUAAAUGUAAACCCUCUGUCCCGCUGCUGCUUCCCCAGCAAGCAUACAGAAUUUCAAAAUUACAUAGAAAAAGGGGAAAAAAUCGAAGAAGGAGAGAAACUGAUAAGUACGAUGUUAGAAGAUAAAAUUAUAUUUAAAACGAAAAAGCAAAACGCAAAGCAUUUAAAGCCAGAAGUGUGCAUGAAUGUGUGCGUAUGUGUACAAUGUUGCUGGAUGGGAGAGAAAUGUGGCAAAACGCUGAUGGAAAAGAAGUAUAAAACGGGCAGGUAUGUUGUGUGAUAACCAACUCACGGAUAAGUAAAACAAAAAAUAAACAAACAAACAAACAAACAAACAAACAAAAACCAGAGCGUUAAACAGUUUCGCACGUUUUCGCGUAGCCCAGAUCUAUUACAAAAUGGCGAUAUAGUGUGUAUAUUGUACGCGUAUUAUUGAUAUAUACAUAACUUGAGAACAUUGAUAAAAUUGAGCCAUUCAUUCUAAAACGAACAAACAAACAAAGGUCGAUCGUUCGCAAAAGCUAAAAUAAACGGAGAAAAUGAACAAAGAGUAAAACCACUUAGUUGCAAACUAAAACUCGUUAGUUAUGAGCGUCGAGCGAUGACUGCCAUUGCCAGCAAGUUAGCACGACGCACGAGCAAAACCCAAAAGAAACGUAAUACAAGAUGAGCGAAUCACAAAAUCCGCAUCCACAGUGAUCAGUAGUUGCCCCAUGCCCUGCACAAUGGGCAGGAUAAUAUAAUAGGAGGACGCGAAGUGCGAUGAGCAACGUUACUGUCAUGGUGAUAUAAGGUGGGGAAAGGUGGGGUGGGGGGAGCAGGUGUGAACAUAAGGAAAGGAACAAAUAGGGACGACCUGUAUAACUAGCUUUGCCCAGGACAGCAAAACAAAACAAAAUGUGUACAUAAAUUCUACAUAUACAUAUAUAUACAUUAUAUACGUAUGUAUAAAAGUAAAAUAUAUAUAUAUACAUAAAAAAUAUUUCAUUCAAGA